AUGCCAGUCGAAUUCAUCAGCGCAACCUUUCCCAAUAAAAGUACUGAACUUACACCAAUUCUAAAUGCUACUAUUGACCCAGACUACCUUGUGCGCUAUGCACGAUCCCUCGACGACUAUGAGUUCAAUUACACACUCGUCCCUUACGACUCCUCCUAUUUUGAUCCCUGGACUGUCGCAGCUACCAUCGCGGCUGUGACGAAGAAACUAAGUGUCAUCAUAGCAGUUCGUCCAAAUACACUUUAUCCCACUCUAGCAGCCAAAGCACUUUCGACUCUUGACCAGAUCAGCAAAGGUCGUGUUGUUGUGCAUUUCAUUGCUGGAGGCAGUGAUGUUGAGCAAGCGAGGGAAGGCGACUUUCUUUCCAAAGAACAGCGCUAUGAGAGACUUGAAGAGUAUAUCAAGAUUUGCAAAAGAGCAUGGGCAUCUCCUGAGCCUUUUGACUGGGAAGGAAAACAUUAUCAGUUCAGGGGUUUCAGAAAUUUGGUUCCUCCGAAUAAUGGAAAAUCUCUUCCUGUCUCCGUUGGAGGAUCAUCGGACGAGGCAUACAGAAUAGGCGGAAGUUUGGGAGAUAUCUUUGGACUUUGGGGAGAACCACUGAAGGAGACGAAAGAGCAGAUUGACCGCAUCUACGCCGAGGCAGAGAAAGCAGGUCGGAUCGAUCGACCAAGAAUCUGGGUCACUUUCCGACCCAUUGUUGCAGAAACAGAGGAGCUGGCCUGGUCGAAAGCUCAUCGCACUCUCGAUGCUCUUACAGCCAACCGAGACGCUGGAAAAAGCAGGGUCCCCUCAAACGCACCACCUCCGCAAAAUGUUGGCUCCCAACGACUACUCGAAAUUGCUAAGCGUGGAGAGGUUCAAGAUCGUGCUCUCUGGUAUCCAACCGUUACCGCAACAGGGGCCAGAGGAGCUUCCACUGCGCUCGUGGGGUCCUAUCAGACGAUUGUUGACUCGAUUUUGGAUUAUGUUGACCUUGGAUGUGAACUCAUUUCUAUCCGUGGGUAUGAUAAUUUGAAUGAUGCCAUUGAUUAUGGACGGUACGUGUUACCAAAGGUGCGAGAGGGGUUGAAAGGAAGGGCUGAGAAGGGUACCAAUGGGAUUACCGAACCCACUAGUGAAGGGCCAAUCGCCAAAGACACCCCAGAAAUUGUGAAGUAA